GAUCAGUUGGAAAAAAUGUACACGCUUGAGCAAACAGAUAACAAACAAACUAACUACAGAAAGGGCCUAGAGAUAUAAACUAUGUAUGUGGAAAUCCGUUUGCAAUUAUAGAAAGGUGGAAAAAAAACACGUAGCGAAAUUAACCGUGUAUAUAAUACAUUUUUUUUUUCCAUUUCAACACUUUUUUGUUGCGAGAAACCAUAUCAACCUCAAAAAGAACUUUAUUAUUGAAUUUGUCAAAAUAAAGUUCUUUCAUUAUCAUAAUUGAUGGUCUUUGACAAAAUCAAACGAGAUACCCUGUAAAUUUUUGAUGAUCAACAGUGCAACGCAAACAAGUCUUUUCCGUUCUAUUUAAUGUCUUUAUAUGCAUAUUUUUUAUUUAUAAAGAGGACGGGGUCACAAAAUUAAACAUAUACUGGGUCUUUAGAAAACCCCAUAAGUAAUGCGUCAAUUACAUGUAUUCAAAACGAUUUGAUUAUUAUUGAUACGUAUCAAGAUGUGUAAAUUUUAUUCUUUCUUUUUUGAUAACUAUUAUUUAAUUAGCAGCUUUAAUGACAUAAGAUGUCUUUUUUUUCAGAUGGACUAUAACUUUUAAUAAUUAUGCGAGAAGUUUUGCAUGAAAACAAUGAUUUUUUGAAGUGCCUAGUAACAAAAAUUAACAGCUUAUUUAAAGUUCCUUGAAGAUGAAAGGAGAGAAACGCUAUACACAAACUUAAUCUAUGUAGAUUAAUAUGUGAAUAACCUAAGGCAAAAAUAUGUGUGACUUCUUGCCCUUCAUUUAAAAAGUGUGAAUAUCCGACACGUAACAAUCUUGGUACAGGCAUACAUAAAAGAUACCUCAUGAAACGAUGUGUGUAUUUUUAUUCUGAUUCAGAUAUCUGUAUAGUUGAAGUUUUUUGCAUAUUUGCAUAUUAGGACAGGUAAUUUCUAUUUAUAUCCAGAUCAAUAGUUUGUAUUUUACAUGGUUGCCUGACGUGAAACUGAUAAAAUAACAUAUUUAUAGAAUUAUGAUAUCGGUUUUAAUAGGUUUGUGAAUUAAAAAAGAUCAACAAACUAUUUCAGAAAAACGAAAGAAUGUCAAUAUCAUUUGUGAAAAAAAAAUAUUACAUUCCGUAGAAAUUUGUUAAAAGAGUUAAAGAAAAGGUUUAAGUGUUAAAGAAUUUUACACUUUAAAGUGUGAAUUUUACACUUUAAAAUGUGAAUUUUACAGAUUAAAAUGUGAAUUUUACAGAUUAAAAUGUGAAUUUUACACUUUAAGGUGUAAAAUUAAUAGAUUAAAGUGUGAAAUUUACAGAUUAAAGUGUGAAUUUUACAGAUUAGAGUGUAAAAAUUACGGAUUAAAGUGUAAAAUUUACAGAUUAAAGUGUAAAAUUUACAGGUUAAAUUGUGGGAAAAAAAUGUGAAGUGCAUAUGUGGCACUAUUACGCUUCCGUACAUACCAUCUCUUAAAAGAUUAGGAAACAUUGUAAAUAUGCUGCCAUUGUAAGAUACAGACACUGAAACGUGCUAUUACUACGCAAGUUGUACGAUUCUGUUUUUGAACGCUUUUAACGAUACCGUUCGUUUUUAAGAUGAAGUGGCACGUUUCAGUCCUUUUGUUUGAGGCGAACUAUGAAUUCAAAUAAUGGCGAGAGUAGUUACGCAUCAAAAACGAUGCUUUUCUGAAGUGUUUUGUAAAGAAAAAGGAUGGCAAACUUUAUGUUUGCUAUUUUCUGAAUAAAAGGAAACUCUAUGCACAAAAUUUAUCUAUGUAGGUCAAUAUUUUCAGAACUUAGGGCCAAAAUAUGUGUUGUAUCUUAUCUAACUUUUAAAUAAAGGUAAAUGAAGUAUUGUGCAAGAAGCUUGAAAUAUAGAGAAACCCUGUAAAGCGGUACGUAGACUUUAGUGUUGAUGUAGACAUAUAUGUUGUUUUUGCUUGUGUGUAUCCCGGUGUUGGUAACGACGGAUUUUUUUUUCUCUUUAUAUGUCUAUCUCAUAUAAGACAGUCAAUAUUGAUCGCAUUUUACAUGAAUGCUUGACAUGACAUACUUAAUGCAAAUACUAUGCAUAUUAUUAGUAAGUAGGUUGUACGAAUUUUAGAUCUUGCCUGAUCAUUAGAGAAUGAUUAUUCUAAUGUUUGAUUCUUUCUUUCUUUUUUAGAGUUUUCCAAAUUUUAAACGGAACAACUGCAUUUACUUAUUUUUUAUUUAUAUUCAUUUAAAGAAUUAUCGAGUUAUUCUGGAUUAGCUGCAUCAAUGCAAUAAUCUAGAUAAAAACCAAGAAUUGUGCUAUAAUAUUGUUAUCUACAAUAAAUUGUAAGCAACUCUUUUCAGCAAAAUUAACCACAUUAUUUUCUUUAUUGCUAGCAUUUGUAUGCCAAUUAUUUUACAGGUAUUCUUUCCGGCGUCUGCCAACUAUUAACAACUAACUGAUACCCAUUUUAAUUACUCAACUGCAUUUAAAAUUUUGGCAAAAAGACGGUUGCAAAUUUCAGUAUGUUGGAGUACAUUUUAAGCGUUGCUGUUUUAACAGCUUGUAUUCUUAUCGCUCUUCAAUCUUACACCGUUGCUAAAGAUAGUCCCCCCGGGCCCAAGGGGUUGCCCUUUUUUGGCAUAAUCUUUGAAGUCAAUAUCACAAAACUGCAUGAUAAGCUGUAUGAAUGGACACAACAGUAUGGUGACGUUUUCCAGUUUCAAAUGCUCGGCAAGAAAUUUCUCUGUAUCAGUUCAGUGGAUGUUCUGCGUGAGACUUUUUUACAAGAACCAUUUGCUACAGUUAGCGCAAAUCGCUCUCCCACGUUUACUGGAAAAUACUUAUUAAAAAAUUAUUCAGAUGUUGUCUUCGCAUCACCUAGCUCGCUUUGGGAAAAACGAAGAAAAUUUGUUCAUCGUCUUCUUCACACAUACGGAGAGGGAAAAGCGUCAUUUGAAAAUCAAAUAGUGCAAAAUCUGAUUCCUUUCAAAGAAAAAUUACGUCAAACCAGUGUAAAAGACGUAAAUCCAUUUGAAAUCGUGGAUGAAUUUAUACUGAGUUCUAUCGAAAUGCUGAUCAUCGGUCGAAGCUUUGGUAAAGAAGGUCCAAUGCAGCCUUUACUGAAAUUAGAACUGGAUUUAGCAAAUCGCCUCUCAAAUCCAGGAACAGAUGGAGUAUUAAGUGUUUUCCCCUUCCUUCGCUUUCUACCACUUCCCCUAUCAUCCAUCUAUCAUGAUGCCAAAAGCGUACAUCAAAAACUUUUAGACAUUCUAGAGAUGUUAUCGAAAAACGACUGUGAAAAGACAGGGAUAUAUCAUUAUAUGAAAGAAACACUGAAUGAAAAAGAUGAAAAUGGAAAUAUAUGGUUCAAUGAUAAAAACAUAUAUGCAGUACUUUUUAACAUUACCGCAGGAGCAUACCUAACAACGAGGGGAACUUUACUGUCUGCAAUCCAUAUCCUUGCAAAAAGACCGGAACUACAAAGGUCUUUACAGAAAGAAGUAGAUAAGGUAAUUGGAUGGAACGAGAAUCCAAGACUCUCAGACAGAAAGAAGUGUCCACUGCUGGAAGCCGUUGUCAUGGAAACACUUCGUUACAUCUCCCAUGCUCCAGUUCUUAUACUUCAUGCCUCUUCACAGUCCACAACCAUCGGUGGUUACACUGUGGCGAAGGACACAGUGAUCAUUCCUAACGUCUGGACCAUGCAUCACAGUGAGAAAUACUGGGACGAACCGUUCAGCUUCAAGCCUGAACGUUUUUUGGACGAAGAUGGUCAGCUCUUGCCCGCGACACACCCAGUCAGGAAAAGAUUUGCAGCAUUUGGAUUAGGAAAAAGAAGUUGCAUAGGCGAAGUCUUUGCAAAAUCUCGGAUCUUUUUGUUCUUGUCCUCGCUGAUGCAAAUGGCUACUAUCAGCGAACCGGCAGAAAGUGAUUUACUUGACUUUGAGCCCGGAAAAAUGGCUCCCGGAAUAGUUUUACAGCCACAAGAAUACAAAGUUCGAUUUUUAUUUUUAACAACAAGGGGAACUCUACUAUCCGCCAUUCAUAUGCUUGCAAAAAGACCGGAACUUCAGAAAUCCUUGCAGAGAGAAGUAGACGAGGUCAUCGGACGGGGCCAGGAGCCAAAACUCUCAGACCAGAAGAAUUGUCCACUGAUGGGAGCCGUCGUCAUGGAAACACUGCGUUACAUCUCCCAUGUCCCGGUUCUUAUACUUCAUGCCACUUCACAAUCCACAAUCAUUGGUGGAUACUGUGUGGAGAAGGACACAGUGAUUGUUCCUAACGUCUGGGCAAUGCAUCACAGUGAGAAAUACUGGGACGACCCAUUCAGCUUCAAGCCUGAACGUUUCCUAGACAGAGAGGGUCAGCUAUUGCCAGCCACAAACCCAAUCAGAAAAAGAUUUGCAGCGUUUGGAUUAGGAAAGAGAAGUUGUAUAGGCGAAGUUUUUGCAAAAUCUCGGAUCUUUCUUUUCUUGUCUUCGUUGAUGCAAAUGGCGACUAUUGCAGAACCAGAAGGAAAACCUUUACCUGAUCUUGAUCCCAGAAAUAUGGUUCCUGGAGCAGCCUUACAGCCACAAGAAUAUGAUGUUCGAUUUUUAUUGCGAUGAAUUCCAAAACUGCUUUGGUGAAAAACACGCAAACACAAUUAUUACCAUGAACAAAAUUCAUUCCUGGAGGAUUUUAAUUUUAGCUCAUAAUUUGUAAACCCGAAUACUAAUACAUAUUAACCAAAGAGAGGUUCCUACAAGGAAAGAAAAAUAUCCUUAUUGAUUUGUGCUUAAGAAACAUUUUGAAUUACUGAAAGCUUCCAGCAUACCACUUCUGUAGCAUGCUAAGAAGUCUUUACAAAAAUGAUAAGCUAUUCAAAUAUAUCAAUCAAUAUAUAUUACUGGUUGACAAUUAAUUUUUAAAUUGUAAACAUAUCAAUCAAUAUGUAAAAACUAUUACUGGUUGAUAGUUAAUUUUUAAAUUAAGAUCAAUAAAAACAAUUUUGAAAGAAAGAUCAAUAAUCUUGCAGUCACAAAAUUACGAAAAUCAUUUUACUUAUUUUGAAUUAUAAACUUAAGGAUGUUCUAAAGGAUAUAAUACCAAUCAGACCCAACCUAACACCAAAGUAAAUCCCAACUAAACCCCGGGUUUACUUUUGGGAUUACUUGGGGUUCACUUUGGGUCUGCUUUUUGGGGUUUACUUUUGUUUACUCGGAAAUUGCUUGUGGGGUCAACUGUGAGCACUGAAGUGAGAAGCACACCAGUGUUUUUUUCUUACCAUCUUACUGCCUGUAAUCCAUGCCCCUUGUAUAUUCCAAAUACAUAUGUAGCGUCUGAUUUCAGGGGUAUACUUCUGAUCGGGGUUUACUCUCUGUGUCCACUCUGGGUUUACUUUGUGUUUACAUUGGGUUUACUCUAGUAAACCCGAAGCAAAGCCAGAGUAAACCCGGAAAGUAAAUCCAGGGUUUAGUUGGGGUUCACUUUCUGUUAAGUUGGGUCUGAUCGGUAUUGUA